CGGUUGGCUUUGGCUGGUCCUUGGAUCGAUCAUACAAAAGACAAUAUACCACGCUCGCGUUUUGUUCUUCCCAACUAUUUAUUCCGCCUCAAGGCUAGAGACGCUCACUCUUCUUAUACCUAUACCAUGACCACCACGCUGCGGUACGAGUUCUACGAAACCGAUGCAAAGCUCACCCUCUCCGUCUUUGACAAGGGUGCUGACCCAGAGAAGGUUUCAAUCAAGUUUGGGCCACGCAGUGUGGUCUACGCGCAUGAAGACAAGGUCCUAACUGUCGAGCCUCUCAAGGGUCAGAUCGACCCAGAAAAGAGUGACUACUCUGUGGGCAAAGUCAAGGUGGAGAUCCGCCUUGUAAAGAUGGCUCAUGGACGAUGGGGUUCGCUCGUUGGCGAAUCGCCCGAUCCUCUAUCUACCUUUGCUAAGCCGGCUGCGCCGCCCGCAGAGGCACCUGCUCAACCUAGGAAACAGCGCAAGAAUUGGGAUGUUCUCACAGAUGAGAUUCUCAAAGCCGAAAAAUCAGCAUCUAUGGACGAAGAUCCUAAUGUUGGCGGAGACAAUUCUGUCAAUGAGUUUUUCCAGAAGAUCUUUGCGGACGCUGAUGAGGAUACUAAACGUGCGAUGAUGAAGAGCUAUCAAGAAAGCGGCGGCACGACCUUGAGCACGAACUGGGAUGAAGUCAAGAAGGCCAAGGUUGAGGUGAAGCCUCCAGAGGGCAGCGAAUGGAAGAAGUGGGCUGUGUAGGAAUUGUAACUGUUCGUGUCCUUUGAUUUCUGGAUUUUGAUUAUUUGUUCGGUGUUCUUUGUUCUGCAAGAUGCUUUCUCUUGUUCUCUAAUCGCAAUUGACUCUCAUCAGAUAUGCAUGUGUUAUAACCACAUCCAAUGCCGGAUUGAAUUUAUGUACGCACCUAUAUCACAGCAAACAUCAUUGUAACCAUUGGGAUAGACUCAGUCUGAGCCUCUUAUACAGGGCAGUCAUUCUUGUGGUGGACUUUGAAUUUGAUGUGUAGGCUUCAAGAUUAAUAUUCAGGAGCCUGGGCGCUACUGUUCUAUAAAUAAAUGGUGCCUGUGUUCGAGCAUGAGAAAACCUCGUUCAGUCCGCCCAAGUACUGUAUCUUUCCUUGCUAUCAUUACCAGCGUUCACAACGCCUUGGCUUCAUGCUAUCGCCGUUAGCCAAGCCUCCUGAGCCAUUGCUUUUCCA